AUGGUAGCUUCAAGACAUGUUUUAUCAGAGACAGAUUUCUGUCAGAAACCUCGUGAAUCAGGCCCUCGAGAAAUUCGUGAUAAUUGCUUUGAUCUGUAUCUGUGUAAUUUAGUCGUAUCUUUGUUUAGGCGUCGGUUCGAGUGCGGGAGCGACAAGGAUGAAAAUUAUGAUAUUUACACCAUAACAGCUGAACCCUUGCCGUCACAUAUGAGAUCCCUAAUCCCCGCCCCGACUAGACAGAUAGAGGCUGUCGUGACAGAGGUGAAGAUGACUAACCGCCAUAGAUUACGGUAUAUUCUAUUGACCGUGUUGGUGUUCAUCAUCUCACUAGUGUUACUGAGUGUUUCUUUAUACAUAGGAUUUCACCAAUCACCUAAACCUACCCAAAUACAGCACCUCAGUGAAGAGAACCCAAAGAUAAACCAUACUUUAAUAACAGAUAUAACCGUUCACUCGUCUUUACAACACAGUCCUAAAACACAGGAAGUCUACCCUUCCUACAUCACGAGGACACCAUGUAUUAAUGAAUGCUGGGCCUACGCAGCCUUCAGAUUUAAGUCACAGUGUGUGAAGGGACUCUGCCAAUGUCAAGGCAGCUACUAUGAUCCACUCACUUGCUUACCUCAUGUUGAAGACUGUAACAUUAUAGCGAACAGCCCAUCCGUGGCUAAAGCAUCUUUACAUGGUCGAGCCCAGAAGACCUUUACCUGUCAGACCAGCAGGAAGAAAGAGUCCGAUGUUUACGUCUUGAGUAUAUUCGGCAACCAUCGUUCCCUGGCCACCAAUGUGAAAAUUAAUGGCGAUACUGCUAAACCCAAAGUUCUCGUUCUAGUCAACUAUCAUCCUAUCAACUGGCAGAUUCAAAUGAACUCGUCAGUUCAUAUCGAAAAACUCGUUCUGGUUUCUUUCAAUCAUUUAUCAAGAACGAACGUGUAUUUCACUAACGCUGAAACCAAACCCAGUAUUAAAAGACUCUUCUCCUUGACGGGGUAUGGACAGGACCGAUUCGGUGGUCAUACUCCGGAGCUGUUGAAAAACCUAGUGCAUGAGUUCGGGUCCAUUUCGUCAUUUACUGGCACCUCGCAUGCGGAUAACUGGGAAUUGAACUUUAAUGAUGAUGAUUCCACUCCGAGUGAGGAAACUUGACUUGCUUAAGUGUGUGGUGAUAUGUCCGUGAUUUGGACUUUUUACGAAGGUUUUACCAACUACAACCCAAAUGCUAUCAAUUCUGAUAUCAAUUGGGUCAAGAUUUCAAAAUAGCUCCGUGACUUAAACUCUAAAAUGAACAAAACCCAUAGUAAACACAUAUUAGACAGACAAAAAAUUAUCAGUGUUUUGAAUUCACAGAAACAGCUUUAAGUGCUACGUGAGUGAUGUUCUUUGUGUUUUCACGUAUAUUACUUAGCGCUAAUGACGGACAUAUUUUAAGUUUUAUGUGACGUGACGCCCUUUACGCUCUGUGAUGGACGUUCAUUACCUUUGUGGUAUUUUUUGUGACACCCUUUGCGUUUUUAACAUUCGUUACGUUUAUGAUGCUCCCUGUUUGUGACGCCCUUUACACUCUUUGUGACGAUCUUUGUGUUAGAGACACAUCAUUUACGUUUAUGAUGCUCUGUAGUUGAGGCGUCAUGUUCUUGUGAUGCUCUUUAUAUGUACUCAUGCUCUGUAGUGUUUGUGACGUUCUUUGUACUUGUGCUCCGGGUUGUGUUGCCAUAUGCGUUUACGAACAUGUCGUCAAGUUAUUGAUAUCAGACCAAAUUUCAUGACAUUUUUUUUAAACCUACUCGACGUUAAACUCCUAGUCAAACUGUAUAAUACAAACUCAUUGCUCAGAUAAAACAUAGAAUGUUCCAUAGUUUUAGUUUAACCUUUUCAUAAGGGUAUAAGGGAAUAAGGGAAAGGUUUAAUGAUGUAUAUCCUCAGACCAAAGCGUCGGCCGAGACUCGUACAUGAACAUUUUGAAAACUGUUUAAGUUUUAAUUCUAUUUUAUUUGAAUUAUUAGAAUAAUGGUGAUAGCUAGAUUGAUCUAGAAAUUUAUUGAAUAAAGAUUAAAAAUCGUU